AUGUUCAAAUUAUUUGAACCUUAUUAUAAAGGAUUGAUUUUCUUGCUCUCAUAAUUUUUAUAACUUGAAUUCACUUAACCUUAGAUAUUUUAACUCGUCCUCAUAAUAUUAAACUAGCUAUAACCUAUUGCCUUUAAAUUUUACCCUAUUUAUAACUCAGGGAAAUAAUUUGAGCCCACCCUUUAAUCGCUUCUUAUAUCAUCAAGACCAUACUUAUUCUUACUCAGUGAACAGUCGAAUACAAUAGUAGUCUGUUUUUGCUUUGCAUUUUAAUAGAUGGUUAUAACAUUCACACUUUACCUAAUUUUAAAAUCGAGAAAUAAAUAAUUUCAUGAAAUAAGAGUGUCUAAUUUAAUCCUUUAAUACAUAUGUCUUUAUUAUUACAUGGUCUCAUCCACAUUCUAUUGCUGGUUAUUAGAGAUAUGUAUGUUGAGAGUAACAUAACUAUAUGGUAUAGUUAUUGGAACCAUAAUGAUAAUUGAAAUUGGAGCAAUUAUAAUAAUCUCAGAUAUUGUAUAUUAAAGUGGAUUAAUUUUAAGAGUUUCUACGCAACUACCCUUAAAUAAUAAUACGGCAAACUACUUCAUAAAACCAUUAAGAAUAUUUCAGAUAAUAAUUUUUUUCUUUUUUACUCAUUACAAAUUGAGUAUGCUUUUCUAAAACAUUCUCAAUAUUAUCAUAUAAUCUUUGCAUAUUUACUAGAUUUUAGAAUUAAAGAUAUAUGCAAAAGAGAAAUGUGCAUUAACUUCUCUUGUUUUUGCAUCUAUUGGAAUUGCCAUUUCAAUGGAAUCUCUUAUAAUGUAGACCAGAAUUAGCUAUAAUUUAUGGCUAUUGGUAUCUCUUAUAAUGAUAUACUUACUAUAGUAUAUAUAUAAUAGAUAAUUGCUAACAUUAUAAACUUUGGAUGUAAGAAAAUUGAAGUAUCUUUAUUCAUAUGUCGAAAGCCUUGAUGGGAAUGUUCAGUAAAAUAUAUUAAAAAUGACUCUGAUAGUAUUUGAACACUAAUAGAAUUGUUUGAAGAAUCAGUGUAUUUGCAAAAAGGAUAUGAACAUUAAGUAGAAAAUAUUCUAACUUAUUGAAAUGAAGUUUGAGUUAUUUUUAGAAUAGAGAACCAAAAAUAUCUAACAACUUAUACUUGACUUAGCCUAAAUAUUAUUCAGAAGAAGGCAAUUUGUAAAGGCAUAAUAAGUGAUCUUUAAGGUUUUCCAAUCCAAAGAUUAUUAUCAAAAUAAAUACAACUCAUUCAAUAUAUCUUUGACCACUCUUUGCCUUUUAGAUUUUUUAAAAUAUUAGAUUUAGAAUGAUGUUCUAAUCUAGAUGAUGGAAAGAAUGAUCCUCACUAAUCCAAAUAAUAAAUUAAUUGCUGAUUCCUUAAAAUAAUUCUCUAUAAAUGAAAACAGUGAUCAAUAUAUAUAGAUGAAAUUAAAAAAGACAAUCUUAGAUAAAAGUUAAUUUUAUUACAAUUUCAUUGAGCAUUCAAAUAAGUUAUAAGGAGAUAUAAAUUAUCCAAUCAAAAUUAUUAGACAAUUAUAAUAAUUUCGAAAUGAAUUAACCGAGAGAUAUUAGCAAUUUCCAACUUCUAGCAAUCAAAAUGUAUUAAAAUUUUAUCUAUUAGAAGUCCUAAAUAACUACAUCGAAGCUUUUGAUCUAAAUAAAAAUAAAGCACUCAAUGACGAAAAAUAUUAAAUGUUUCAUGAUUCUGUCUAUAAUAAACUAUUUGGGUAGAAUCCAUCGUAUAUAGUUGCUGAAAUUAACAAAGAUCUUGAUAUAGUAAUUAUGAGGCACUCGAAAAAGGCAAUGAACAAAUUUCAAUCGCUUUAUGGAUCUAAAAAGAAAAACAUUCUCGACAUUUCUGUGAAUGAUAUAAUACCAGAAUAUGUGUACAAAUAGCAUAGAACACUGAUUGAGCAGUUCUUCGAUGAAGGAACUAAUAAGUAUUAUUAACAAUAGAAUCUAUCAUUUGUAAAAGUGUGUGAUAAGAUUAUGCUACCAAUAGAAAUGAUGGUUGGUCUAGAUUAAAGCAGUUCUUAGGCUUUUUCAUUUCUGGUAUUUUUCUAUGAAUAGAUGGAUUAUAGAUCGUAUUUAGUAGUGAAUCAAUCCUUUGAUAUUAUCAAUUGCAGUGAAAAUAUUAGUAACCAAAUUUUAGGGAAUAGUUAAUAUUCCCCAGGAUUCACUUUUACAAAAGCCCUCGGAACUAUAUUUAAUAUCAUACCAGACUUUGAUUCUAUGAUUUAAUCCAAUGAAAAGAAUUUCUUUAAUCAAAAUAUACGACUCUUGAGUUCGAAUGCAAAAUCAACUUCUCAAAGAUAUCUAGAUUAUAUCUGUAAUAUCAUAAUAGAGAGGAAAUUUAAAAAUGAAAAUAUGUGUUUCAUGAUUACUUUAGAUAAUAUUAGAACAAAUAAUAAUAAUAGAAAUUGCAGUGAUUCUAGACUAGAAACCAGUAUAUUUUAGAGGUAAUAAACUCAGGAUUAACUCUUAAUUUAAAAACUUGAGAGAAUGAAAGAAGAUAUAGAAGAGGAUAUUGAUAAAGUCUUCCCAUAUCAGGAUAUUUUUGAUAUAUCUUUAAUUAAAAAAGCUAAUCCUCUAAAUUAAAGUGAAACUCAUCAUGUGGACUCCAAAAUCUAUAUGACUGAUCUAUUGGUUGAUCAGGAACAAACUAAUCCUGUGUAAUAAUAAUUUUAGGCCAAUAACAAUAACAAAUUAUUUAGCCCCAAAGAAUCUAUGUAUUAGGAAUUUAUAAAUAAGAAAAAUUUUACAUUCUAGAAUGAGAUCAGAGAUUUUGCAUCUGGUUCUUCAGUAACAAUGAUUAAAAAGUCAAAAUUUUACAAAAAAUUUGAAAUUAUUUAUUCACUUUGCAAAUCCUUGAAAAGUUCCUCAAAAUUAAUGAAAGCAAAUUACAACUUUGUACUCUUCAUUCUCCUAAUUAUAGUUUAUAUAAUAAUUAACUUAUCACUGAUAUCUAAUAUUCGUAGUUUUAUAUCUGAUAUUAAAUUGCUUUCAGUAAGAUACGAUGUAACAGGUCCUUUGGAGUCCUUCUCAGUCUCAAGGUUUACUUAAAUAAACUAUAGAGAAAUGCUUAGUAGGAAAGUGAUUAACUCUUCCUAUGCAACUUAAUUAUAAAUAUUUCCCAAAAAAAAUUUGAUGUAGUCAUUUGAUAAAAUGAAGAAAAGUAUGGGGAAUGUACUACUAAGAAGUGAAAUUGAUUAGAUUUCAAAUAUCACUUAUAUGCCUAUUAUGUUGUAUGUAAAUACUAAUAAUACUGGACAAGAGUAUAAUGUAAGCAAACGAUCAGUGAUAAUAAUGACUUUGAAUUAUUAGUAUGAAUUCAAAUUACGCUUAGAUGGACUUGGAGGAGGUUUUGACAAUCCUUAUUAUUAUUUUACUUAUAAGGAUUAUCAAAUAGUAAAGUCUAUGUUUGAUAAUUUGAAUGUGGUUAUUUUGGAUAUUACUUUAGAGAGAUCAAAUUAAGAAAAGUAGAAAUGGAUGUUUGGAUAUUUUCCAUUUUUGGCGUUAAAUUUUUUGAUAACUUCAAUCAUAAUUUUAUAGGUAGUUCGACAUAACAAUGAAAGGAAUGCAAUUAUGAUAUAUAUAUCUUCAAUAGAUUUAAAUGUUAUUGAAUAAGAGAAAUUUAGAUUAAAUUAUCUAUCAUAAAUAGUAGUUUAAGAUAUGGAUAUAGUAAAAGGAUUCUCGAUUGAUAUCGAUUAAGUGGAUAAAUAAUUAGAAAAAUCAAAUAUUAAGCAAAAGACAUUUUUUUCGAAAAAAUCAAAUUCAAAACUUAUUAAUAAUAAACCAAUUCUAGGACUCACUCUUAGUAUUGGACAUUUUCUGCUGUUUGCAGCAUUUAGCAUUUACUUAUUUUUAACAUUCAGAACAUAUUUCAUAAAGUAUGCAAACACAGCAGUGUUUUAUUAGUAAAUCUCAGAUUUAGGUGUUGAUAUACCAGCUAUAUAUGCACAAAAAGAAAUAUUAUUUCGAGUUAGCUUUAGAUAUCCUUUUCUCAACUCAACUGAUGUGGAUUAAACCUAUGCAGUUAUUUUUAAUGCCAUGAAUUCAGUUAAGAAGUAUUAGCAACAAAAUCUUGAUUUACGUAAUAAAGAUUAUUUGUUUGAUGAGUAUUUACUUGACUUUUUCACAACUAUAAACACUGGAAAUUUAUGUGAGUUUUAGAGCGAUGAAUUAAAAUAGGAAACAUAAUCAUUUUGUUCUUAAGUAAUGCAGGGAAAUUUAGUUCAAGGUUUCUCAUAAACAUUAAUUUAUAUAUUGAAUUCUGUUGGGGUUCAAUAAUCAGAUACUUUAAAUUUUACUGUUCAACCCGCAUCCACAUUAUUGGAGUUAGAAGGGUCAACGAUUUUGACAGACAUUAUUGAACUUAUGAUAAAUUAAUUUUAUAACAAUAUCGUGAAUUCAACCUAAAAUUUAAUCUUAGAUUAAGAGUUGUUUUGUAUUUUCUACUUGGUGUUUGAAAUCCUGCUGGCUGUUUUCUACUUUGCUAAAGUUGACAAGCACAAUCAUUAGCAAUUUUUAUACUUGAAAUAAAGUGUGUAUUUGUUCCCUCGUCACACAUUAAUUUUUGAUGAUUCCUUCUAUAGGAAUUUUAGAAGUAUAGUGAACGAAGAAAAUUUAUUGGAUUGA